GAGUAGAUAUUGAGGAUAUCGUGUGUUAAAAUAGGUAUAAGACUGAAUCGGUGAAUUGAAAGUCCCUGGGUGGAUGGUGAUGGCGAUGGCGAUGACGAUGGUGCGACAGUGCGACGGAAAAUUCAAAAUUCUCCUCUGUUGGACGAUUAAAGGAUAAAUGUAUUGGAUGGACAUAGAUUUUUUGUUAAGCACGAAUCAUUUUGAAGAAUGAAGUCUACUUGUAUAUCUAUUGCAGUUUACAUCAUCAGAUAUCGACAGAGUCAAUGGAAAAGAAACAUACGUAAUGUUGUUACGUGUAAACUGGGUGAAAACGUGCAAAGUGUGGCGACUUAUUAAAAAUUACUUGAUCAUUGGUCCUUAUGCUUAUAUAAUGCUCCAAGAAUUUUACAUCUUUGUCAUUGAAUUGGCACGAUUGUGCAGACGAAGAACAGCCGCUUCUAUGAGUGCCACUCGCCCGUUACACUGUGAUGGAAAAGAUACUAACAACAAAAGCGGUUCAAAUAGAAUGGCAUAUGAGGUAUUUCUGGGUGGAUCUUGUAAUCCAACCACAUGGAGGUCAGAAAUAGCAAUACCGGCUCUACAGAGACUUGGAAUCACGUAUUACAAUCCCCAAGUAUCGCAAUGGGGACCGGAACUGAUAGCUCAAGAAUACGAAGCGAAACAAACGGCAAAAGUAUUACUGUUCGUAAUCGAUAAUCAAACGCGCAACAGCGCGGGAAUCAUCGAAGCAGCUCAGUUGGCAGCUACUCGCCGCGAGUCUUUAAUACUUGUUAUUUAUCCGUACCGUCAGGGUCAAACAAUACUUGGCGAGACUGUAUCUAUGCAAGAAUAUUACGACCUGACGAAUGGAUUGCUAGUACUUCAGUAUCUGAUGGAGAGACAGAGGAUACCGAUAUUCGAGAGUGUAUCGGUUGCUCUGAAUUGUACGUCCAAGGUGUUACGGGAGGAGAUGAACGUGCAAGAUCUGCAUUCCGAAGAUGGCACUAGACCGAUUAAAUUAUCAUUCUGUCAGAAUGGAGUGGACGCGGUUAUGCUCAGGGAAAUUUUCAAAUCCAUGGAUAUCAACGACAGUGGAACGGUGAAUCUGGAAGAAGCUUGGAUAGCGUUACAAUCGCGCAUGAAGUGUAACGUUACGUCGGUAUCAGAGCUUCUAAAUGUUGUGAACAAAUCGGAAACGUAUAGGACGUUGAUAGACGAUGGAUUUCCAGCGAAGCGAGAUCCGACGGAAUUGCGGAUAAACUUUGAACAAUUUUCCACGUUGGCAGAGUCAGCGUCGUCGUGGAGGACGAAGAGCAGCAACGGCGUCUCUUGUGAAAGUGAGAUACCUUCAGUUUGGAGUAUUUUAUGUAGGAAGGCAUCGAAAUUUCUUCGCAGAGCUAUCGUGCAACCUUUUAACCGUUUCCUAGAUUGGACCAAUUCGUUUGUGCCAGAAUCGGAGAAGAGAGACUUGUACGUGGGAGCAAUUGGUAAAGAUCAGUUUUGGUUGGAAACGACCGCCGCACCCUCGAUCGAAUCGAUGGGAUUAUCAUUGUAUCGAUUAAGCCUGAACGAGUACAACGUAAAGGUAUUACCACAAGAAUUGCAGAGGAUGAAGAAUUCGCGAUUAAUAUUGCUGAUCGUGCCGCAGCAUUCGCGUGGUAUCACCAUAAUGGCAUUGGCAGCUCACCUGAUUGGGUUACGCGCAAAAUUAGUCCUGUGCGUUCAAACGCUUCCCGAAGAUUGCGUAGUUUCUGGUGAAAAGCUAACCGAACAAGCCACGAAAGACUACAAUCGAGGAAGAAUGUACCUGUCGGACUACGCGACGCGCGAAGGUGCGUUUCCUCUGACUAGACGAGAAGCAAUGGCCACGCAGCCCGACGAUCCGUACCCAGAGAUAAUCGAUUCCACGGACAGAAGAAAGACAGACAGUUUCGGUAGACUGUUGGUCCGAUUUGUCUCGAUUUACUGGAGAUCGUUCGUGAUCGUGCUAUGGCCGGUGAUCCUGUUACCUGUCGUACUCGUCGAUACUACCGAGGUAAUAGCGAUGCGAUGUCUCUACGUGGUCGGAUUAAUGGCAAUGUUUUGGAUGACCGAGGUCCUACCCCUGCCAAUCACAGGCUUGAUUCCUGUCGUUCUCUAUCCGUUGAUGGGCAUCAUGAACACCGGCGAUACCUGCACUUGCUACAUGAACGACACCACGAUGAUGUUUAUCGGUAGCAUGGUGAUAGCGAUCGUGAUUGAAAAUUCUGGCCUGCACAUGCGUAUCGCGCUAUUGAUCAUUAAAACGAUCGGUUGCAGUCACAGAAGAUUAACGCUGGGCCUCUUUUGCGUCACCAUGUUUCUCUCCAUGUGGAUAUCGAACACUGCCGCUACCGCCAUGAUGUUACCCAUUGUCGAAACUGUUCUUUUGGAGCUCGAAGCGCAAGGCUUGGGUAGUAUGUUCGUGCGAGAAGAGCAGAACGGCUGCGAAGAAGAGGGUACAGAACCUGUAAAGAAACCGACGAACAUCACCAUGGUCUACUAUCUCGUGGCGGCGUACGCUUCUAGUCUCGGUGGCAUAGGCACGCUGGUCGGGACCGGCACCAACUUGACGUUAAAAGGAUUCUUCGAAAAGCGGUUCCCAGACAGUUCUGGUAUUAGCCUGACAUCCUGGAUGCUCUACUCGGUCCCGUCGAUGCUCUUGAUGGGCUUUCUCACGUGGCUCUGGCUUCAAGUGAUGUACAUGGGUAUGUUCAGGCCGGCGAGCAAAGACGCGAAAGCCGUCGAUAUCGGUGUGCAAGGAGAGAAGAUCGCGGCGGCCGUGAUCGAGAAAAAGUACAAAGAACUCGGGCCUAUCACGUGGCACGAAUCUGGUGUCGGUAUCCUCUUCGUUACGGUCGUGCUACUUUGGUUCUUCAGAAGUCCCGGAUUCGCGCCGGGUUGGCCAACAUACAUUACCGACUUACACGUUAAAGACUCGACGGCCGCUGCUUGCGUCACGAUUCUUUUCUUCGUGUUACCGUCGAAACUCGAUUUCCUACGAUCGUUCGACCCGGAUCCCGUGAAUCGUCCUACCAAACCGUCGCCCGGCAUGAUCACGUGGAAAAUGAUACACCAAAAGAUGCACUGGAGUUUGAUAUUAGUUCUGGGAGGUGGAUUCGCCAUCUCGGCUGGUAGUACCACUUCCAAACUCUCCUCCAUUCUAGGAAGCGCUCUGACCGCUUUACAAUCGAUCAAUCCACUUGCCCUACUAUUCAUCAUCUGCCUAUUCGCAGAGACCGUUACAGAAUUGACCUCUAACGUCGCCGUCGCGAACAUCAUCUUGCCUGUGCUCGCGGAAAUGUGCAUCGCUAUAAAAAUACAUCCUUUGUACUUGAUGCUGCCAGCUGCACUCUGUUGCUCUUUCUCAUUUCACCUGCCAGUGGGCACACCGCCGAACGCGAUCGUUACCGCAGCCGGACACAUUAAGACCAGAGAUUUCGCCAUUGCUGGAAUAGGACCUAGCGUUAUAACACUUCUCGUCACGACAUUCGCAUUCUCGACUUGGGGCACGUACAUCUUUCACCUGUCCGAAUUCCCCGAUUGGGCAAUCUAAAACCAAUCUUCCAUCCAUUGACGAUCAAAAGAGAGAGGCACGAGUAGCUGCAGUGCUCGCGAAUUCAUGUUUUAUGAACAAUCUCGU